AUGGCUUCGUCUAACGGAAAAGGCAGUGGAAAACUCACUGCAUCCAUAGACAGUUUAAAAUUAUCGAGUAAGAAUACAUCGAAGCAUGCUUCAUCGGAGUCGGUAUUGUCAAGGAAGGAUAAGGAGUGCUUGCAGAUGCAAGAGUGCAAGAAGAAGCUGCUAGCCAUAGAACCGCAGAUAAUAAUCAGAGACGAAAAUGUCGUACUACGAUCACCGCCUCAGAAGAAGAUAGUAAUGCCACCGCAGAUAAAUACAGAGUCUGGUUAUUGUUUCUUGGAGUGCUGUAAUCUGAAAUUGGAGAACUCACCACAAGCUUUGUGUUUCCCGACACAUUUCGAUUUCAUUGAUGGACAGUUUUACUGGUCUAAGCCGUUUUAG